UUUUCCUUUUCCUUCUAUUGUGAUAAUUCUCACCUUACCUGAACGGUCUAUUUAUACGUGUGGCUUUUUCGCCUGACGAGUACUAUACGGGUUUGAACUCCAUCUCCCAUCCCGCGUAAUCUUGGUGCAUGCCUAGCUCCAUUCAGCGAAGAGUAGCCUAGUUUUCUCCGCCAUGGAUCUCUUCUCAAACAUUGGAGGCAAGCGUCGAAAAAGUAAACCACGACCACAUAACAAGCAUAAGUCCUCUGUAUCGCACUCAACAGCCGUCGCUUACGAGUCCACGUCGCCACAGCACCCCCCUCAAGUGGGUCCUUUGCGUCCACCACCGUUGCGCACGAAACUACAGGACUCGAACGGUAUAACAAGUCAAACAACGCGAUCGUCAACCGAUGACGCAAGUCCUACCGCAAAGACACCGCGGACACACGACAAAUCUCACAGUCCAAAUAGCCCAUCUAUUCAGUCAUGGGAUCACGUCAAUGCUUCUGUACGUAGUGCUCACUCUGUUCAUACCAUGGGAAGCGAUUAUGCUUCGAGUGAAGGCAGUGGGGGUGGUUGGCCCUCGUUUCCAGGAACUGAUGGCAGCAAUGAUCGUCCGUCGGAUCAGGAAAUCGAACGAUUGUUUCAACAAGUAGCCGGUCGUCUGAACCUGAAUCUCGGCAAUGCCAGUUUACGGGAUUUGCCAGCGGAUAAAAAAUGGUGGAUUCUGUGCAAUGAAAGUCAGUUAACGAAGCUGGGAUCCAUUGCCAGUAAAAAAGCAGUGACACGCAACGUGCCUUCAAGCAAAUCAUCUACAAGCGAUGUGCUAGAUACCUCCAAACUCAUGCCAUCCUACUAUAUUCGCGCUUUCCUCAAACCAGAUAAACGAGGGGUAACAUUCAAACUUGUAUCGGACCUGGCCGUAAGAUUGCGUACCAUGCCUCUCAGCUGGGUACGCCAAUUUAUUGAAGAGCGCGGCAUGCAAGUCAUUGCAAACGAAUUGGGGUUGAUCAACAAAAAUUCAGACAGAAACCAGCAACAAUGUCAGAUUGAACUUGAAAUUAUCAAGUGCCUGAGAUCCAUGUUUAACAACGUCUACGGGAUUCAAGAAGCUUUAAAUGGGCAUUAUUGUAUCAACAAUCUGAUCUUAUCAUUGUUGUCACCGUUUAUGCCUGCGCGUCGAUUGGCUUGCGAUACUUUGACUUUUAUGUGUUACUGUGAACAGCCUUCAGGUCAUUCAAUGGUGUUAAGGGGCAUGGAUCUAUUAAAGGAGCAAGGACACGAAUAUGGCCGUUUUGAUGCAUGGCUUGCUUCUUUGCAAGCCGUGCUGGAUGGUCGCGGCAAGAUGGGAUCUUUGGUAGGAGCGAGCAAAGAUUGGAAACAAAUGGGAAUGACAGGCAACCCAGACACCCAUAUCAUGGAAUAUGCGCUUGCCAAUCUCCUCUUGAUCAAUGCCUUAGUGGAUCCAGAUACGGUAGAAGAUCAGGAAGUGCGUGUCACAUUACGAAACCAGCUCUAUCAAGGCGGACUUGCGCAAGUCCUGAAAAAGAUGGAAGCACUGAAUAACGAAUUGAUCAAUCGUAAAAUCGACGAGUUUCACGAACUCGAAGAAAACGAUGCCUCCACCAUGUAUGGCAGCAUGAUUUUCAAUGACAUUUACGAUCCAGACGAACUGUUUGACAAAGUCCGCGCAUCCACGGAAGGGACCCGUGCCCAUGAAUUUCUCCAAAGCAUUCUUCAACACCUUUUAUUAAUCCAACAUGAUCCAGAAACAAGAACGCGGUAUUAUCAGCUGAUUGAUUCACUCAUCACACAAAUUGUGUUGGAUCGUAAAGGGGUGCCCAACGAUUUUACCAGCAUGUAUGGCAUCAGUGUUGGUAAUUUGAUUGCCAAGUUUGCUGAAGGAGACGAGUUGGAGCAAGCGCUCAAGGAGGCCGAACAUGCCAAAGAAAUGGCGACGGUGGCCAUGGAACGUGAAGCGCAAUUGCGGCUUCAAAUAGAUCGAAAAGCAGAUGGCUUGGUUGGCGAAUUGCGUGUGAGGAACGAGGCAUUGGAACAUAACAUUCGCGUGGCCAAUCAAACCAACGCGGUGCUUCAGCAAAGGUUGGAGGAUCUCGAAAUGGAACAUCAACACACGUUGGAAACGAUGAAUUCCCAGAUCAAGAGGCUUUAUUCCAUUGUCCGUCAACUAACGGAAGCCGAUCGAUCUCCGUGGCCAACCAAAGGCAAACCUGACACCGACAUUAAAAUGUGGAAUAUGCAAAACGUCAAUUACGAUUCGCAAAAACAAACACUGUCUUCAGAGUCACUUUCCGAACCGAUUUUUGUUGCUCAGCAAGCGGCAGGAUUAUCUGAAACGUUCAAGCAGUCGCUCCGGACCAAGCUGGGAUCAAGGAUGGGAAGCUUGGUCAAACGCACAGCAUCACAACACAAGAAGGACAAGAAUGAUCUCACUCGCAUCCCCAGUACAAGCAGUAGUAGCAGUACUUCCCGUAGCGGCGUUAAAAGAAAUACGGACGACCACUCGAUACCACGUAUUUCCUCUGAGCUUAGCAUGCAUCCUUUAUCAACCGAGCCAGCUCCAACCGUCGCAGAUGACAACGACGACGACGCUGCGCCUCAUACCCUUAGCGAUAGCCCUGAAUUAUUACCCACACCGACCACCAAUCCCCAAUUAUCCUCUUUACCAACACCAUCUUCAUCGGAUGCCUUGGCUCCACCACCGCCUCCACCUCCACCUCCACCUCCACCUCCACCUCCUCCACCACCGCCGAUUCCUCCUUCAGUGGGAGGUCAAGCACCACCCCCACCGCCUCCUCCUCCACCACCACCAGCGUCGGGUCCAAAUAAUGUUGCAAUAGCGCCUCCUCCUCCACCCCCGCCGCCGCCUCCUCCAUUAAAUGGUGCAAUGAACAAUCUCGCAUCCUCUGCAGGACCGCCUCCGCCUCCCCCUCCGCCUCCCCCACCUUCAGCAUCCUUAUCCGGUUCAACUUUGCCCGAGACACUUUCGCCAAUGACAACAACACCAAUAGCUCCAACGCCGCCAAUGAUGUUUGGUAUGGCCAGUCGCAAGACAAGUGCAUUUCAAGCCAAGCAAAAGCUGAAGUUCAUAGAAUGGGAGAAAAUGAAUCUUGUCAAUAUCGGGCAAACCGUCUGGAAUCACUUGGAUCGAGACAAGGAAACUGAUGCGCAGAAUACGGCUGAAGAGGAUCCAUUUGAACGUUCCAUCGAGUAUAAACUUGCCAAAGCCGGUGUGUUUGACGAUAUUGAAGAAAAAUUUGCCCAAAAACCAGCGGUGCAGCUCAAAAUGCGCAAGAAACCAGAACAAGUCUACAUCAUUGACGCGAAAAAAGCGUAUAAUCUCAAUAUUUUCUUGACAAGUAUCACCAAGAAGAUUCCAUUUGACGAUAUUCCGUCGCGUCUGCUGUCCAUGGAUCCCUACUUUGAUGAUGAGCAAUUGCUUUCCAACCUUCUAAAAUUUAUGCCUACUUCGAAGGAGAUUGAAAAAUUAGCUUCCUUUACCAAGGCAUCCGAUACAGAAUUGCAGAAAUUGUCGCUCCCCGAUCAGUUCUCUGUGCAGAUGAUGAAUAUUCCAAGAUUCAAAGAACGUAUCGAAUGCAUGCUAUUCAGAUCAACGUUUUGGGAACGAUAUCGCCAUCUGCAAAAGCAAAUGACUUCGGUCGUGGAUGCGUCUGAAUCACUUUUAAAUGCUAAAAAAUUCAGGGAGCUUUUACAGCUUAUUCUGGUUCUGGGAAAUUUCUUGAAUGGCAAUACCUAUCGAGGAGGAGCAUUUGGUGUCAAAAUUGCCAGCAUCAACAAGCUUAUUGAUACCAAAGGAGCCGGCAAUACAACGACGUUUUUGCAUUUCUUGGCAGACACGGUUGAAAAGAACUUCCCCGAUGUCCUCAGUUUCUUGGAUGAACUAAAAAGUUGUGGAGAAGCAUAUCAAGUGUCCAAAGCAGAAAUGAUGAACGAAUUCCACGAUCUUCGCACGAGCCUUGUGAAACUUGAUGACGAACUUUCUACCCAUUAUCCAGACGCUUCGACUAGCGAUGAAGACGCUUCAGCAGAUACCUUUGCGCGAACGCUAAGGCGGUUUCAUAUAGAAGCAUCCACCGAGUUUGCAGGAUUGUAUGACCUGCAAGAUCGAACGGUGGCCAAGUACAAUGAAGUCGUGAAAUUCUACGGUGAAGAUCCGAAUAAGAUGCAACCCGAUGAAUUCUUUGAUAUUUUCAAACAGUUUACCACAAGCUGGGAGAAAUGCUCCAUGGAUCUCCGAGUGAUAAAGCAAAAGCACCAACGCCUCGAACUGCAAAAACAGCGCGAAUAUGAGCGACGUACACGAACGCGUUCUGGCGCGACCAAAGCCAUCGGAGUUGACAUCAGCAACUAUGCCGACGGUGAAGAAGAAAAAGAGAUCAUGGAUCGAUUAAUGGAAAAGCUGCGUAUGGGCAACCUUCAAGGAAAAGCCAGACGCCGCAGUGAACGCAAUCGAUAUCAACGAUCAGACAAUGAUCAGGCUGAAACACAAUCGAUUCAUUCCGAUUCCGUAUCGUUGCGCGCCCAAAGAAUGCUGCAUUCAAUCCAAAGCGAUGAUCAAAGCAGUGUCGAGGAAACGGAGAUGGAUUAUGAUGACCGAUCACUGAGCAACCACAGUUCCAUUUUCGAAGUAGCACCGACAAUAGAGGACACCCAUGAAAGUGAUGCCGACGCACCGCCAGCGCGUCACCCGCCAUCGUCUUUACGAUCAAUCCAAACAAACAGGCUUUUAAGGCCUCGAAAGAGCAGUAAACGGCCUGUUUUCGAUCGUUCACUUCAACUACGCAUCCGCGCAAGGAAACAACACCUUUCAACGUCGUAAAACAGCACAAACUACACACACUGGAGCGAACCUGUAACUCUUUUUUUAAUCACCCACUGAAUACCUUACUCCUAGACCCAUUUUUAAUUGUUUUGCUUUAGUUUCUAUUUGUACAGAGGCAUUUGUUUCGUGACCUAGACUCACUUCAUAAUUUCUUUUUCUUCAUAAUAUAUAAUUGCAUACAAACCUGUCACACAUACAUACAAUUCAUUCGCACUGAGACGUGUACAGUGUUUAUCGUUUCUUUGUAAAAAACAAAAAAAAAAGGUGCAUGUGACCAGGAGAGAGGUUUUUGAGACAAC